GUACAAAGUAGCAGAUCAGAUUUAGUAGGCUGAUGUGCUGAAGUGGUGAAAGACAGAAAAUGGUGCUUUAUAAAAUUCUUCUGACAAUUUCGUUGAUAACAGUCGUGUACUCGCUCCCAUUUGAUGAUAGCAAAGAAAAGAAUAGCACAGAGGAACGCGGCUUUAGUGUCAAUGACAUAUUCAAACAAAUUAAUGUAAUUUUAGAGCAAAACAUUCAAUCGGCAAUCGGUGACAGUUCCGUAGAAAUUGGUGAUAAUUUUACAAGCGGCAAUAAAAAUGGGGGAGUUCAAAUAACGGUUGAAAAGUUUGAGUAUGGAGUUGAUAAGUUUCCUGUGACAUUCCAGCCUGAUCACGAUGACGACAGUCUAGAAGAUGAUGAUGUUGUUCCAUUGGAAGGUGACUAUGAUGAGACCUUUAUUUUUAAGGAAAUAUGUUAUGAUACAGAUGAUGAAUCUAACUCAGCUUAUUCUACAGACACAACAACAAUUAGUCCUCAAGAUAUUGAAGCUUUAACAGACAAGUCUUUACCAGCGAAUUCUCAAUCUCCAAUCACAGUCAGUAAAGAAAAGAAACUGUUAAGUGAUGUAGCAGAAGAACCAAUCCUGAUUACUGUUUAAAUAAUUAAGAUUAUUGUGUUAAUAAAUUUUUCCUCUAAUUUUACUUAAACUUAAUUAAAUUAAGAAGUCUAAGGUCUAAGCAUGAUGAUUCAAGACAAGAAUGAUUGGAGAUUAUACAGGAUAGAUUUUUUUAAAAUUCAAGACACUUUGUAACUUUAUUUUGUGUUGGAUGUGAAUUUUUGGCAAAAUUUUAAGUAUUUAAGUACGGGUUUUUGGGAAUGUUAAGUAAAUUAUUGACUGGACAAUUUUAAUCAUUUAAUUCUGUAAUAAAAUGUUAAGAAAUGGGAGAAAAAAAAAUGCUG